AUGAAGUUGUGCAGCAUGAACGGGCCAAGUGAAUCAGAAGUCGAAAGCCUACUGAUGAGCCCCUGCUGGGGACCAACGCAGACCGGCAGCCAGGACCAGUAUCUGCUGGACGGGCACAAGCUGCUGCUGGAGCACGACCUCGACUCGCUGCCCAGCGAUGCGGACCAGAAGAACUCGCUGGAUGUGCUGGACAAUCUGCUGCUGAACAGCUCCUCGCUGAAUGCGCUGUCCGACCUGAAGCCGCUGCCACCAUUCACCGGCUACACCGGCCACCUGUCCAUCAACGGCAUCUCCGGGCACCACUACCAUGCAAUCGCCCAGCGGCUGCCCGACGAGAGCAACAACAACUACAUACAGAGCGCCUACCACAACAAUCCGAAUGCGAAUCCCACGUCCACGACGGCCGCGACGACGUGCAGCGGGACGGGCGGCGGCGGUGGCGGCAAUGGCGGCUCCUCUCAGGAGCAGAAUAUCGUAUCCUCAUCCACAGGCCUGCCCGAGAGCGUGCUCAGCGCGGAUGCGGACGCCUGCCUGAACGAUGUCAAGCUCUUUGCCGAUAGUCAGUUAGAUUCUAAGCUCUACUCCGUAGCGGACAGCUGUGUUAUGAACGCCACUGGCCACACAGGCGGCAAUGGUGGCGGAGGCGGCGGCGGCGGCGGAGGUGGAGGUAAUGGUGGUGGUGUCUCCUCUCUGGCCAGCAGCGGAUCGACGCUGACGCCAAUCGACCAGGUGGCCGACUCUCUGCACGGCAGCGGAGUGCGCAUCUACAAGGAUCUGACCGAGUACGUGGACAUGAACAGCAUCGAUGACAUUGCGGCGAUCAUUGGAUCCGCGAUAGCGGACACCACGGUGCCCAAUCAGCUGGACAAGGAGGAGGGCAACGAUACGCGCGACAGCUGGAUGGACCUGGACGCCUGGAUCGAUGGCAACUGCAUACAGCAGGAGGGCAAGGUGCUCGUCUCGCAGCAGGAUUCGCUUAGCGACUUCAUGCUGCCCCACUCACCGCUGCCGGUGCACGCGAGCAGCUCCACGCUGCAGAGUCUACUCAGCCAUGGCUAUAUGCCGCUGCUCCAGAAUCGCCUGCAGCAUGGACCACCAGGCGCGGGCUCGACGGCGGCGACAGCCACCCAGCUCAAGACCGAGACGCCUAGUUCUACCUCAUACUGCAACGAGCUGUCGGCGGCCAGCAGCAGUUGCAGUCCGCCGGGCUCUGUGGUCAGCACUACGGACAACAACCUGAUGAUCAAUCCGCGCUACUUGACCAACAACCCCAACUCCAGCCAGCAACAGCAGCAACAGCAGCAGCAACAGCAGCAGCAGCAGUCAGCGUACCAGCUGACGCCCAACGGCGGACUGUCCGGGUCCGGACUGAAGGACGGCGGACUGUGCAGUCCGGACAUGCUGAGCAAUUAUCCACAUACGACAAGCACCACGAAUGCGCCCUCUGGCACGCCCAAGGCCAAGCGAUCCAGGGCGCAGAAGAAGUCUAGCCAGCAGCAGCAGCAGCAGCAACAGGCCGCCCAGGGGCAGCUGCAGGGGGAGAGUGGGGCGAAUCAGCUGAGCGGCAUGUCGCCGACGGGCGUGGCCAGCUUCAGUGCCAGCGAUCUGAGCGGUCUGCUGGGCAAGGAGAAGCCGGUCCAUCGGUGCAGCAUAUGCAAUCGGGGCUUCCUCAACAAGUCAAACAUCAAGGUGCACCUGCGUACGCACACCGGCGAGAAGCCCUUCCGCUGUGACGUGUGCGCCAAGGCCUUUCGCCAGAAGGCGCACUUGCUCAAACAUCAACAGAUACAUAAGAGAAUUGGGCGUGACUGACCGCGGCCACAUCCACAACCCGCUCGCCACUAGCAACAGCAAAACAAAAGCAGCUACUGUUUCUGCCCGCUGACGCAGCCACGCAGAGUACAGAGCAC